AUUUAUCCUCGCUCACCUCGAUUUUAGUCCUUGAGUCUCCAUAGUGCUUGUAUUACUAGCUCAUAUGUAAAUGCGUCGCACCGCGUGAAAAUCUUUUGACAGUCGCUCUUGCGCGCUCGCGGUACGCCCCGACAGACACGUAAACACAACGUACAUCAUCAUCAUUAUCAUCAUCAUCAUCAUCAUCACCAUGGCAAAAGAGAUGAUGAUAGUAUUUGUUUACGACACCUCAAGGUGUUCUAAAGAAGAGGAUGAUCCGGCAGAUGCUCUUAUUUAUUUUCAUCCUGCAUGGGUUUCUCCAACUCAAAGAUUGGCCCUGGCUGGUCAAUUAAUGGGAGUCAAUCAGUUUUUAUCAACAUCUUUUUCUCCUCCAUCAAUGAUGUCUUUACAAGGAGGAAAAUUUGUGCUCAAAAAGUUUGGAACAUAUGUGCUUGCAGUAGGUACCGACAGAAAUAUACAAGACUGGAUUUUAGAGCGACGCGCGAAUAUUAUGGAAUCAUUACUUAAAUUUUUUCACUGUGAUUUUGAAACUAUUUCGGCGUCCCUUAACAAUGAUACGAAUAAGUUUAUAGAAAAAUUGUACCAAAUGUUUGAAACUUACCUACCAAUACUUCAAUAUAGUGCUAGUUUAUUUACAAAUAUUCCAAUGUUAAAACUCCCAAGGAAUGCGAGUAGUGUUUUUUUAGAAUCCAUGCAAGUUCUUCAAUAUUGCCAAGAAAUUAAUGGUAUUAUAGGCGGAGCUCUUUUUUACAAUAAUAAGGUCGUUGCAUCACAAUUGGAUGCUGAGAUAACUAAACAAUUAGUUAUCACUGAUCCCUACAGAGUUAAGGCACCUGCUGAUCGAAUAGCGACGAAUUUCCACUUACCGGUCGGUGUACAAUUAUUUCAAGUUUUUGUCGAACAUAGCCGAUUUUCGAAAUUAGUUCAAGAGGCGAAUAUGGAGCGCGGUUAUAUUUCUUGCGUAGACUCUUCAUCAAAAAAAUCUUUACUUAAAAAGAAUCUAACGAAAGCCAAAGAACAGCCACUUUCUAUGAUGAAGAGAGAUAUUUCGCGUAUUUUUACUGUGCCAGAAGAUGCUGAGUUGGACUCAACCCACUACAGUAUGACGAAAUGCAUUCCGCCCUUACAUCCAACUGCUUAUAGCUCUCCAGUAAAACGAAAAGAAGGGAACAAUAAAUCAGAACGAGCGAAAUAUCAGCAUCCACUUACGCCAAGUGUUUGCUCGACACCCUUGAAAGAUGUAAAUCGAGUGUUACAUGAUUUUGCAGUAUCUAUAGUCGCUACCGGCGAUGAAAACGACGCUAAACCGACAAACAACACUAGCAGCCACAAAAGCAAGGAUAAUAAAUUGAGUAGUGAGAGCAAAGAGGAGAGCACCGAUGAUAUUCCAGGCGUAGUGAAAGAGGCAUUACGUUGUAAACGUUUGAACAAAUUGAAAAACGCAACUCCAAUCGAGAAGCUUAUCAUGCAAGCCAAAGGCAGAAAUGCAAUGAGCUUAAGUCUUACCGAUUUAGAAGAUUCGCUGAACAAGCAGUCCAAUAAGAUAACACUCAAAAGUUACGGUGUGGGUCUUUCGAAACUUAAUAGUAAUCUUCACGAUGUGGAAUCGCCGAAAGAUAGGCACAAUCGACGUCACUACAACACCAUAACCGACCCAUCCUUUCCGAUAUUUCGCCUAGACGGUUUAGCGAUAUCACAGUCUCUCUACGACGAAUACAUUGCAAGUCAUUAUCAAGAGCUAGAUAACGAUUACAAAACAUCCAAGUUUACGUCCGAAAUAUUAACGAGCUUACCGCUCCUGCAAAGCAAUAAACUCGCAUCGAAGAAUGAUAAUAACGUCAAAAUGGAGUCUGAACAGUCGGAAGUCAAACCAAACGGUGGAUUAGAUGUCAGAUUGGAUAACAAAAAUAAACAGGAAAGUUAUCGGCGUUCCAUGAGUCUUCCAUUGAAACCACUGAAUGCCCUCGACAAUGACGACAGGCGUAAACCCACUUCGGAGUGCGGAGGUGUUUUCGAUUUGCCACAUCGUCCACGAAAACUCGAUGGCUUACAGUUGACUCCGUUGAUGUCGAAGUUAAGUCUACUUGCGGACGAGAGGACAAGUGGAUUUUGUAGCAGGGAUACGACCCCCAGUGAAUUUCGAGAUUUGUCCGGGUUUUCCACGGUUAAUAAUCAGUUAGUGAAGAAUAGAGUGGAAGCUGUGAGUAAAGAAGGUUGUAGCGAUAACGACGAUGAAAUUGAUGAAGAUUGGACGACGACGACCAAAGAUGAAGAUAAUUACGAGAAGGCAGAGUUAUUUCUUUGUGGUCAUCAGAAUAUGGUGAUGUUCUUGUUGAUGGAAGAUGGUACUGCUAAUGAUCCUGAGCUUAUACAUUCUCUUUGGGAAACCAGUAUAAGCAUUCUGGGGAAUCUGGAAACACAUCUACAGCAGUGUUUGGAACCUCUACCGUCUAAUGAAAGCAAGGAAUUGUACAGCGUAUUGAGCGUGGAUUCCGAUUGGGAUACAAUUCAUAGAUCUGGACUGUGGGGAGUCACAGAGCUCGACGUCGUUUCCUCGCUUCACGACAGAUUCCAACGCAAUAAAACUCUUACAGAUAUUACUGUUAGGACUGAUGAUACAGUGGUGUAUGGUAAUCAGUGCGGAAACGUGGAGGUGUUUUAUCAGCAAGCAGUUGCACCGAACACGACUGGUGGUCUUCCGACACCGGCAGAUUUGAUGGGAGUAGUGCCUCUAAAAGCGAAACGUCGACUCGAAAGAGAUCACGCUAUCGUUAUACUAUAAAUACGCAGUGUAAUUGUUGGUCAAUUAUAGACAGAUUGUUUUUAUACGUAUUUACUACUCUAUAUUUUAGAAUGAGUCAUUGGAAAUGAUUUUGAUUGAAAAAUCACAUUGCUCAUUUCAGUGCAAGAUUGUUAAUUUUGAAAAAGAUGUUUUUCUAAUAAUUUUUUCUACGGAAACAUUCAAAAUUGAGUUCUGAUUUUACCUGCAAUUUUAUUAAUAUUGUAUGCUUGACUUAGAAACAUAAUAGUUUUUCUAUUUUUAUAGCAAACGCCAAGCAACAACAAAUACAUCACAUUCAAAGCCUUAUAGUUUUUUAGAAUAUUUUACGUUGUAACGUAUCGGUAGCUAUUGCAGCUUGUAUGUAUUGAAUGUAACGUUAAAAAUUAUUCCGAAUCCUAUGCACACCGUGUUGUUGUAUGUACAUAUACAGAAAGUAUUGUAUCGAUAUUUUAAAUAUUAUUUUAAUUAUAUCGAUUCGUUAAAAAAACGUAUACUUACAAAUUUACUAUCUUGCUAGUGGUUCCUUGCUAGCUUUUCCUUGCUAGCUACCAGUGAUUUUCUUAAAAACUUUAUUUUAAUUUAUUUUAUUACUGCAACGUAUCAAGAAAUAUUUUAAUUGCAAUUGCAAUUCUUUAAAAUAUGCCGUUAUACAUCAAAGAAAUAUUUUGUUGAACUAGUUACGUCAUUUUGCUUAAAUGACAAAAUUCUUCAACUAUUGUAUAAUUAGAAGAAUAAAAUACAAUAGCUGUUAAAAUGAAAUGCAACGUGGACCACAUUAAAAUUUAUUCUGUGAUUUUGAAAUAAACAUAUUAUAACAACUAAGUAAUUACCUGAAUUGCCAAAUUGAAAUAACAUUCCAUAUUGACAAGUUUCUCUGAGAAUUAUAUUAAAAAAAGUUCUUGUAUUACUUAUAAAUUAAGCAUUAUUUUAUACAUUCCAAUAAUAAACAAUAUCAAGAUGAGAUCUUGUUUCUAAUAUUAUUGUGAAUUUCUUCAAUUUUUAAUUGAUCGAUUCGAUUAAUUUACAGACAAAAUGUACACAGAAUAAUCAUGAACAAUGAAUAUGUUUAAUUAGUCAAGUCAAUGUAUUAAUGUAAUCAUAUCAAUUUAGAAAUAUAUUUUCAAAUUCAAUAUCCAAACUUUUGUUUGAAGUAAUGAAAAAUAAAAAUAAUUGUCACAAAGAUUUAUAAUAACGAUUGUUGUAGUACUUUAUUUUUAUUGAACCAUUAAAAAUAAGUUAUCUACUUCAUGACUUAUCGUAUUCGAAAAAUAACUCAACUAUGCCGUCGUUAGCGAUAUUCAAAAUAUAUAUUUAUUUGGAUGUUAUAGCUUCAUUAUACGCACUAUAAUAAAUUAAAAAUGACUAUAAAAAUUUACACCAUAAAAUUUGUAAUAUAUAAAAAUAAAAGAUUAUGUUUAUUAAAAUGAUUG